UUAGCUUUAUAGAGACAAUGAAAUUGAAGGUAAGGAAGGAAGGAAAGUAAUGGCGGAUGUGAAGCUUUGAAUCCGCAAUACUCAUCAAUGGAAUCCCAUUUCUUAAAUUCCUCUUCUUCCAAUUUACCCUUUACCCAUAUCUUCACACAACCCUAAUUUUUUUUUUCUUUCAAAUUUACAUCUCUUCUUUUCAACUUUCUCUACACACUUUAAUUCUCUCUCUCUCUUUUUUUUUUAUAUAUAUAUAUUUUUUUUGCCCGAAGCUGUAAAAUUUCUGUAACUGAUGCUGGAAAUUUCCCCUUCACCGGAAAACUCUUCCGCCGCCGUCGCCGACGCCAACCGGGUCUUCAAGGAAGAGGCUGCGGCGGCUUCUGCCGGAGUUUUAGAGGAAGCUGACCGGAACUGGCCUGGUAAUCGGUGGCCGCGAGAGGAAACUAUGGCUUUGCUGAAGGUUCGGUCGAGUAUGGACACUGCGUUUAGGGAUGCAAGCUUGAAAGCUCCUCUAUGGGAAGAAGUUUCCAGGAAAUUGGGUGAGCUUGGAUAUAAUCGAAAUGCGAAGAAAUGCAAAGAGAAGUUUGAGAACAUUUAUAAGUAUCACAAAAGGACUAAAGAUGGAAGAUCAGGCAAAUCAAAUGGGAAAAAUUAUAGGUAUUUUGAGCAAUUAGAAGCUCUAGAUAAUCAUUCAUUGCUUCCUUCUCAAGCUGAUUCAAUGGAAGAAAUCCCAAGGAUUAUCCCGAACAAUGUUGUUCACAAUGCAAUUCCUUGUUCCGUAGUAAACCCAGGUGCAAAUUUUGUUGAAACUACCACCACUUCGUUAUCCACCUCGACUACGUCUUCUUCGAGCAAAGAGUCGGGUGGGACGAGGAAGAAGAAGAGGAAGUUUGUUGAGUUCUUUGAGAGGUUAAUGAAUGAAGUGAUUGAGAAGCAGGAGAAAUUGCAAAAGAAGUUUGUGGAGGCAUUGGAGAAAUGUGAAGUAGAGAGGUUAGCGAGAGAAGAAGAGUGGAAGAUGCAAGAAUUAGCUCGAAUCAAGAAAGAGCGAGAGCGUUUAAAUCAAGAGAGAUCGAUUGCGGCUGCUAAGGAUGCAGCCGUUCUUUCAUUCUUGAAGGUUUUCUCUGAACAAGGGGGUACGGUGCAGUUUCCUGAGAACUUGCUUUUGAUGGAGAAUUUGACUGAGAAGCAAGAUGAUGCUAAUGGUGAAAGAAAUACAAGCACUCAAGAGAAUAUCAACAAUGGUAACUCAAAUCAGAUUAGUUCAUCUCGAUGGCCGAAAGAAGAGAUCGAUGCUCUUAUUCAGCUUAGGACUAAUCUACAGAUGAAGUACCAAGAUAAUGGCCCUAAAGGUCCUCUCUGGGAAGAAAUAUCACUAGCCAUGAAGAAACUUGGUUAUGAUAGAAAUGCAAAGAGGUGUAAAGAGAAAUGGGAGAACAUCAACAAAUACUUCAAAAGAGUAAAGGAAAGCAACAAAAAGCGACCCGAGGAUUCAAAGACAUGCCCUUAUUUCCAGCAACUCGAUGCAUUGUACAAACAGAAGUCCAAGAAAGUCAUCAACAAUCCAGCCAAUCCAAAUUACGAACUAAAACCCGAGGAACUAUUGAUGCACAUGAUGGGCAGCCAAGAGGAAACCCACCAACCUGAAUCAGCAACAGACGAUGGCGAAGCUGAGAAUGCAGAUAAUCAAAACCAAGAAGAUGAAGGCGAAGAAGGAGAAGACGAAGACGAGGACUAUCGGAUUGUAGCCAACAACAACAACAACAACAACAAUAAUCAAAUGCAAGUCAACUAGCUGAACAGCCAGCACAGCAGUGAAAUCAAACGGCUCAAAUGUUCAAAAAGGUCAGACCCUUCAACUUUUGAUAUUGAUACUACAAAAAUGGGAAUUGAAAUCUGUCUGUCUAUAUAUAUAUGUAUGUAUGUAUGUAUGUAUCUACAUAUAUUAUGUAUAUCUUUCUUUAUUUUCUUGAAUAGAUGAUGAUACAUGUAGGCUAGAGAAAGAAGAGAAUAAGAGGAGAGGAGGGGGGGAGAAACUUUGAAUUGUUUAUUAUUGUGUGCAAAAGUUGAAAAAAAAAAACGUUUGUUUGUUCCAUGUUUGUUUAUCUCUAUAUCAAUAAAGAAAAAUCCAGCAUUAUUUUGCUGUUGCAAGUGCUGGUGAAUUGCUGUAGUAAUCUGUUUAAUGAUAUAAUGCAAAAGUUUCAAUUGAUCUUC